AUAAAACGAUUCAAAAUGAUUAAUAUUUCUGUGUCAGAAUUCAUGAUAGUGUGCAGCAGCAUUCUUCUCGUCUUUUUACUGCUGACCGAAAUUCUGGAUUGGACACAAUUAUUCCCGUGGCUGGAAAACGAGUGCCAUUUCCCUAAAUUCUCGUUUGGCUACUCGGAGCACAAUGGUCCUCACGUGUGGAAAGUGUUGUAUCCGGCCAGUAAUGGCAGCAAUCAGUCGCCAAUCAACAUUACGACUCGGCUGGCUGUUGUCGUGCAACCAUCGGAGCCUCUUCGAUGGACUGGCUACAAUAAAGGACCAUUAUCGAUGACUAUAGCGAAUAACGGAAAUAACGUGAUAGUGAACACAAUGUGGAGAAGCUCGUCUCGGCCGCAUAUUCAAGGAGGAACCUUGACUAACAUUUACGAUUUCUGUUCGAUGGUAUUUCACUGGGGACAGUCGAACGGAGAAGGCAGCGAGCACACUUUAGAUUACGUUCGUUUUCCUAUGGAGCUGCAAGUGUGUCACAUCAGUCGGAACUUUAAUUCACCGUCGGAAGCCAUCGCUGAAAAAGCCAGCGACGCCAUGCUGAUCGUGUCGUUCUUUUUCCAGAUUACGAAUGCUGACAAUCCUUACUUGGAUCACAUAGUAACAAAUUUAUGGCGAAUCGCUCAGCCUGGCACCAAGUCCCACAUUCCACCCUUCCCUCUGGAGUGGAUUCUCUCACCUUUCGAAAAGCAUUACUAUAUGUACAGUGGCUCUCUUACUCAACCUCCCUGUAGUGAAAUCGUCACUUGGAUCGUACAACCCGAGCCGAUCGCUAUAUCUUCGUUCCAAGUUGCGCAAUUUCGAAAACUCCGCUCCGUGGACGGUCCUAUCCUCUUAAACUGCAGGCCCGUUCAACGACUAAACGAACGCAACGUGUACUUCUACGAAUAGCGCCCGGCCUCAAGCAACUUCCCUUUAAAUGCCGUAAACACGUUUGU